AUGUCUGAAGCCAAAGGAAACAGUUACACACUUGAGUCAUCGUGGAAAGCAGGCUACAACCUGAGAAAACAAACCUCCGCUGGCGCCGAAGAGGACCUGGAGGAUGGCAACAUGCUAGGUGAAGCUAAUGUGGCUAGUGCUAUUGCCCAACAGGUCACGGAGAAGAUUAGCGCCCUGAUGGAGCUUAAAUUUGCCAAGCUGAAGUCCUCUCUGGAUAAACUAAGUAACCGUAUUAAAGACAACACCGAAAGAAUUGCUGAGGCGGAAAACCGCAUCCCAGAGGGUGAAGACCUCACCGCAUCCACGGAAAACAAGCUUUCCCAUAGGAACUGA